UCUGGUUGCGGAGAGGCGACCCCCGAGGGUGGCCGGACCUUGAGGGAGGCGCGGUCGGUGGGCAGAUCGCGGCCACCGGGACACGAUCUCCGCUCGCCGGGUUACAUGCCCCCUUUUCCGGCGCCCUCUGCGUGCCUGGCACCGAGCCGGGCGCCUGGCGACGGCCGUCUCGACCCCUCCUUGCAGCUCUGCGAUAAUUUCAGAGAUGUCUUGCAGAAGUCCCAAAGAGUUAAUCAAAGCCAAAUGGGGAUCAAAGCCCAGUAACUCCAAAUCAGAAACUGCAUUAGAAAAAUUUAGGGGAGAAAUUGCAGCCUUAAAAACAUCAGCGGAUGAAAUCACAAUCGGAAAAGGAAAGCUGACUGAUAAAGAAAGACACAGACUUUUGGAGAAAAUUCGAGUCCUCGAAGCUGAGAGGGAAAAGAAAGAUCAUCACCUCACAGAGAAGGAUAAAGAAAUACAGCGACUUAGAGACCAGAUGAAGGUCAAAUGUAGUACAACUGCAUUGCUUGAACAGCUGGAAGAGAAAACAAAGGAAGGUGAAAGAAGGGAACAAUUGUUGAAAUCCUUGUCUGAAGAGUCAGAUGUAUUGAAAAAUCAGUUGUUUGCCUCAACUACAAGAAUUGCUGAACUUGAAAACAAUGCUAGUACGCUUCUUGUAAAACAGACUAUGGCUACAAGCUGCUUCAACUCAUCAAUGAGUAAUAUUAAUGAAAUGGAACUGAAGCUGAAAGAUGCUCUGGAGAAAAAUCAGCAGUGGCUUGUGUAUGAUCAGCAGCGAGAGGUCUAUGUAAAAGGACUUUUAGCAAGGAUCUCUGAGUUGGAACAGAAAUCGGAAACAGUUGCUCAUUCACUCCCACAGCAGACCAAAAAGACAGAAUCAGAAGGUUUUCUUCAAGAGGAAAAGCAAAAAUAUUACAGCCAUGUUUUGGCAAAGACGAAGAAAGAUCUUGAGGUUGAAAGACAAACCAACACUCAGUUGAAUUCUGAACUUAGUGAGUUUCGAAGAAAAUAUGAAGAAAGCCAAAAAGAAGUUCAGGAUUUAAAUCAGCUAUUAUGUUUACAAAGAAAGGCACAUGUCCAACACCUGGAAGAUGAUAGGCAUAAAACAGAGAAAAUACAAAGGCUCAAAGAAGAGAAUGAUAUUGCUAGGGAAAAACUUGAAGAAGAGAAGAAGCGAUCUGAAGAGCUGUUAUCUCAGGUGCAGUCUCUUUACACUGCUCUGUUAAAGCAGCAAGAGGAACAAACAAGGGUAGCUCUGUUGGAACAGCAGAUGCAAGCAUGUGCUUUAGACUUUGAAAAUGAAAAACUUGACCGUCAAAAUAUGCAGCAUCAAUUGCAUGUAAUUAUUAAGGAGCUCCGAAAAACAAGGAAUCAAAUAACACAGUUGGAACCAUCGAAGCAACUUCGAGAGUUUGCUUUCACAGAACCAUUAGUCACUUUCCAGAGAGAGAAUGAGAACAGAGUGAAAAUUGCCUCACCAAAAAGUCCUGCUGCUGCACUGAACGAAAGUCUGGUGGAGUGUCCCAAGUGCAAUAUCCAGUAUCCAGCCACUGAACAUCGAGACUUACUUGUCCACGUUGAAUACUGUUCAAAGUAGUUUUUUGUCAAAAGAGUCAAUACUGUAUCUUAUUUUAGCUUUACGGUCAUUUUGAAUUACUUAUUUCAUCUUUUUCAUAAGAAACUGCCUGUCAACCUUGACUGGCAUAGGAGUGAUCAUUGUAUUUUUUUUUGAAUGCUUAGAUAACUAACAUUUUGCACUGUUAAAAGUACUUGAUGGAAAAAAGAUAGUUCAGGUUAUUGCUUAUAGGUUAAAUCUAUUGACAGGCAAACAAAUGCCUUAUGUUUUUUUGUUUUAAAAGCUCAAAGAUAGUUAAGCAAAGAUCUUUAUUGUAUUUUAAUUUUUCAUUCAAGCUAAGCUGUCCACAAUUCCAAUUUAGAUGUCCAUUGUUAGGUGGUGAUACUGACUUCAUUUUUUUGCUCAUUGUUAUAGAAAAGUUAGGAAUUUUCUUGGUCUCUAUGCUGCUUAUUGUUGAAACUGUAAGCCUAGCUAUGUUCUAAGCGCAAAGCAGAUUCUGCUUUAAGGAAUAUUCCUUAAGUGGCAACAUACGACAUUUUAUGUCAUAUUAACUGACUAUAACUUUAACUUGAAUUUCACUAGCACAUGUUGGUCAGCUAAAAUUGUUAGAGUUUUAAAAAAAAAUCUAAUGUAGCCCUCUCGUUUGAUUUUCAAAUAUUUAUUUAUUUUUGUAACCCAUAAAAACUGGGCAAUGUAAUAAGCAGAUUAUCUCAAUAUAUAUUUUUAUACGUGCUUCUGUAAAUCAAAACAUUUUUUUUAUUUCUUCAGGUUUUCUAAAAUGUUUAACACUGGGCCACUCUUUGCAAUAUAAAAGAGAAAAUAAAGUUAUUUAAUGUCUUAAUAUGUCAAGCGUAUAGAUAUAUAGAUAGGUAUUGUAAGAGUUCUUCCUUGAGAGCAAAGCCAGAGGGUUACAGAUAACAGUGUCAGAUGAUAAGGUAGUUAAGGAUACAUUGGAACUAAAAUCUACACAAAGAAGGCAGAAGUAGAUGCUUUCAGACAUCUUUCUUGAAUAGAUAACAAUUCUUGAUCAAUAAAUAUUAUUCUGAGUUAUUUGUUACAGAAGCAAAAAAAAAAUAAACAUGUCAAAUUAUAUAGUUUGUUUUUGUCCAUAGAAAGUGUACAGAUCUGUUUAGGAAAAUAAAAUUUUACCCUUACUGUUAAUCCAGGUAUUCAGUGUUUUUAGCCACAGUUGGCAAAAGAUAAAGAAAUGCUAUUCACCAGAUGGUUUUUGUUCUAUUCCACAAUAUUAUGAUAAAGACCAUAGUAUUAAAUCAGAAAUAUAUGCAAUAAAGAAGUUGUUUUCCU